CGGGCGGCGGCAGCGAUGUGGGGAGGCACCGGGGCCGUGUGGGGAGGCGCAGGGGCCGUGUGGGGAGGCGCAGGGGCCAUAUGGGGCGGCCCCCGGGCCGUACGGGGCGGCAGCGGCCCGCUCCGAGCCAUCGCCCGCGCCCUGAGGGGCCGGCGGGAGGCGGCCGUGGGCGGUGACCAUGGUGAUCUGUCUUUUCGGAUGGGCCCAAGGGCUACUCCACAGAAGUACAGUCGCAAAGUACAGCUGGAACCCAGUAGCACUCCGCCCGUGCCUCUGACUGAAAUAAAAAGCAGCAUGCUCAGCACAAAGAGACUUUUCAGCACCUCACACUCAUCAGUGGAUCCAAAGGAGAUGAAAAAAUUCCAGCUCCUCGCACAUAAGUGGUGGGAUGAAGAAGGAGACUAUUCAGCCCUUCAUUCUAUGAAUGACAUUAGAGUGCCAUUUAUUAGAGAUACUCUGUUGAACAUGAGUAGCAAUUACCAUCUGGGAAGCCCGCUUUCUGGAAUAAAGAUUCUCGAUGUCGGCUGUGGUGGUGGACUGCUAAGUGAGCCUCUAGGUAGACUGGGAGCUUCAGUUACCGGAAUUGAUCCUCUGGAGGACAACAUUAGAACAGCAGAUCAGCACAAGUCAUUUGAUCCAGUUCUGGCCAAGAGAAUACAGUACAAGUCCAGUUCACUGGAGGAGAUUGUGGAAGAGUCUAUGGAAACGUUUGAUGUAAUUGUAGCUUCAGAAGUAGUGGAGCAUGUGGCUGACCUUGAAAUGUUUAUCAAGUGUUGCUCCCAGGUGUUAAAGCCUGAAGGUUCUUUAUUCAUUACUACGAUCAAUAAAACACAGUUGUCCUAUAUCCUGGGAAUUGUGGUCGCAGAGAAAAUAGUAGGCAUCGUACCAGAAGGAACGCACGAGUGGGAGAAGUUUGUUCCCCCUGAAGAGCUGCAGCGCCUCCUGGAAGCACAUGGCUUCUCAGUCCAGGCUGUGAACGGGAUGUUGUACAACCCCCUCACGGGGUCGUGGAGCUGGAUGGAAAGCACGAGCAUUAACUAUGCGAUGCACGCUGUGAAAUCUGGUGCUGAGGGACAGACAAGCCCAACAGAGCCUCUGUCAGAGAUGGAAAGCGAGCAGCGCUCAGCCACAGCUGGCACCAGCGUGUGACCGUCUGAGAUGCGUGCUGAUGGACUGCCCCAGGAACAGAAAAGGUUUUACCCAGAUGGACAUAAUAAAGCCUUUUGUAACAACAAGCUUGCUGUUUGCAUUAAUAAUGCUGACGCUAUUUUGGCCAAAUAUUUUCGGGCAGUCUCAGAAAAAAACAAGUGCCCAUUGUCUCAGGAAUCGUUUAAGAUUGAAAUGAGCAAAGCUUUUGAAGAAUAAGUAUUUUUAUGAGAAGGUAGUUUCAAAUUAAUCUGUCAAGAGCUUCCCUCUAAGCUAUUAUGUGUGAUGGUGUUUAUGUGUGAUCUGAGGAAAACCCAGAUCUCCAGAGAACGAUAGCUUAAGUGUGGAGCGAGUCUGAAAACACAGUGUAUGAGAACUGAAAUGCUUUAUAUAUAUCUGUUACACAACUGAGUCAGUUAAAAUAUACAAAACACUUUAAAAAACAAACACCACUCGUUUUCAUAUUAUGCAUGCUCCUUGGGGGGG